AUGGCUGGGUGUCUGGAACAUUAUCGGCGUGUUCUCACUGACCCCGUCACGGUACAUCCUUUUCUUUUGCGCUUGCGCGCGGCGGGCGGAUGUGUCUGCUUGCUAUUUGGCCUGACACAGGGGCCCGUCGCUUCAUGGUCUCCCUACACUUAUGUGCUCAUUAUUGUCGGAUUGCUCCUUCUUGUUGGCCUCUUCUUUGCUGAGCAGGUAGCCACUCGCCCUCUCAUUCCAAAUCGACUCUGGCGGACACCUGGAUUCACCCCUCUCAUGAUUGCCUACUUCCUGGGCUUCGGCUCGUUCUUCGGGGCCUGGCAGUUCUAUGCGAUCCAGUUCUGGUUACGAAUUCAGCUUGCCAGCCCAAUUGACAUCGCGCUAUACCAUAUCCCCAACGCUGUGGUGGGUGUCUUCGCAACGUGGAUCGUGAGCAGAACCCUUCACAUCGUCCCUGGCCACUAUAUCUAUACUGUGUCCAUGCUGGCCUUCACUCUCGGUCCUGCAUUCUUCCUUCCGCAGACUGCGGACACGAUGUACUGGAAGCUUUCCUUCCCCGGAGUUGCGCUAGUGACAUUCGGGCCCGACUUGGCUUUUGCUGCUGCUUCGAUUUUCAUCACAAGUAAUGUGGCCAGGUCAUACCAAGGAAGUGCCAGUAGUUUACUGGUCACUAAUCAAAACCUGUCAUCCGCAAUUAUGACCAGUAUCGCUGAUGCUAUUGUACUCGUGUUGAUACUGGCCCUGCUGGCGAGAUUUGAAGGGACUGCACGCCAUUUGGUGGUUUGCACUGGGGGCUCAAUUGACUGCCGCAUAGGUGACGGUGAUUUGGGUUAG